AUGGGCCGAGCCUGCUCGAACAUUCACAUCCAUUACAGUUUCGCGGGAAAUAAUUCAUUCGUAAUCUUUCAAUCUCAGUCACACACUCCCCGGCGCAACCACCGCCGCCGCCACGCUCCGCCGUCGGCCCUAUCCCUGCCCAUGGGCGACAUCCUCCCCAACGGAGAUGAAACUCCGGCAAGCCACAGAAAGAAGAGACCUCGACGGAUUGUCGGUCCAACGCCGAAGAAGAAGGAAGUCAGAAAGUCAGAUGACAUCGAAGACAUCAAUUUCAGCAAAGACGAAAUCUUGGAUGUCAGAGGUUCGCUGUUGAAAUGGUACGAAGAUAACCAAAGAGACCUUCCCUGGAGAAGAAUAAGCAGAGAAUGCUUCAAUGAAGAGGACAGGGAGGAGAAUGAGAAGAGGGCUUACGCCGUCUGGGUAUCGGAGGUGAUGCUUCAGCAAACUAGGGUUCAGACUGUAAUUGAUUACUUUAACAGAUGGAUGAACAAAUGGCCUACUCUUCACCACCUUGCUCAAGCUUCUCUUGAGGAGGUGAAUGAGAUGUGGGCGGGCUUGGGGUAUUACAGACGGGGUCGGUUUCUACUCGAGGGUGCAAAAAUGAUUGUUGAAGGAGGAGAUGGAUUUCCAAAUGAGGUUCCGGCUCUUCGGAAGGUCAAGGGUAUUGGAGACUACACAGCUGGUGCAAUUGCUUCAAUUGCGUUCAAGCAGGUAGUCCCUGUGGUUGAUGGGAAUGUUGUCAGGGUCAUUGCCAGACUAAGAGCGAUUUCUGCAAAUCCAAAGGAGGCCACAACUGUAAAAAAUAUUUGGAAACUGGCGGGGCAGUUGGUUGAUCUUUGUAGACCUGGAGAUUUCAAUCAGGCUCUCAUGGAACUUGGUGCAACAGUAUGCACUCCAACGAGCCCAAGUUGCAAUGACUGUCCUAUUGCUGCCAAUUGCGUUGCUCAUUUGCGAUCCAAAUGUGAUGACUCUGUACAAGUUACUGACUAUCCUAUCAAAGUUGUGAAGGCGAAACCGAGGCAUGAAUUUUCUGCCGUCAGUGUUGUUGAAAUACUGGAGAGUGCAAAAAUGGAGGAUCCUCAGAGCAACAGUAAAUUUGUUCUUGUAAAGAGAGCAGAUAAAGGUCUACUUGCUGGCCUUUGGGAGUUUCCUUCUGUUUUUGUGAGCAAAGAUGCUAAUUCAACCACUAGAAGAGAAGCAAUCAACCAUUUUUUGAAGUCAUCAUUUGGUCUUGACUGUAUGAAGUCCUCUAAUGUUGUUUUUAGAGAAAAUGUUGGAAAAUAUGUCCAUGUCUUUUCUCACAUUCGUCUCGAGAUGCAUGUGGAGUGGAUCGCGCUGCAUUUAAAAGGUUCGAAGAAUGUUCAGAAUAAAAAGAAGUCCCCAGUUGAUUUAACUUGGAAAUAUGUUGAAAGACAGGCCCUGGCAAGAAUGGGAUUAACUUCAGGAGUAAGAAAGGUUUAUGAUAUGGUUGAAAACUACAAGCAAAGCAGAUUAAGUUCUCCCCCAGAUGAAGAAAAACAGACAAAUGGUUCAAGAAACUCGAGAAACAAAAAGUCCCAAGUCCACCAAGAAAAACUCCAAUGGCGGCAGCAGGCGGAGCAAGAUCAGUUGCCAUAUCCAGCUUCCUUCCCUCUUCUAGUUUGGCGCAGAAAUCUGUAUCCAGCUCCAGAACUUCGUUAUCGGUAUAUGGUUUCCAGUAAAUUGGUAUUGAGUGGCUCCAAACUCAGGUGCUCUGCAAUUCAAGAAUCGACCACUGCUCCAGUUGCUGCUCAGGAGGAGAAAAAGGAUGAGAAGCCUGAGGAAAAGGAAGAGUCAAAGACGAGUCCUCCUCCCGCUCCUGCUCCUGCAAAGCCAGCAGCUGCCGCGAAGCCUGCUGCAAAAGCGCCGGUGAAGCCCUUGCCGGAGAUGAUGGAAGAAGAAGUCAUCCCUUCUCUACAAGCAACUCUAGGAGCUCAACAAGACAUCUCCGAACUCGAGCUGACUUUCCAGGAUAAUAAGUUGGAAGGCUCAUUUCUGAAGAAGGGCAUCCCUUACACCUUUUGGGCUUUCUUCCCCGACGGGGUUCUCACAGGUCCAAAAGGAUUUUCAAUAUCCUCCUAUGGAUCAGGUGUCAGCACCGUGGAGCCUUUCCUCAUUGACGAGAAGAAAAUCACAACAAAACAUGUCGUGUUCUGGGUAGAGAAGCGGUUGGCUGCUCAGGGAAUAAUCCCUGUGUGGAAAGACUAA